CGCGUCCCCGGCCCCGCCGGUCCCGCCGCGAUGCUGUUCCACAGUCUGUCGGGCCCCGAGGUGCACGGGGUCAUCGACGAGAUGGACCGCAGGGCCAAGAGCGAGGCUCCCGCCAUCAGCUCCGCCAUCGACCGCGGCGACACGGAGACGACUAUGCCGUCCAUCAGCAGUGACCGCGCGGCGCUGUGCGCCGGCUGCGGGGGCAAGAUCUCCGACCGCUACUACCUGCUGGCGGUGGACAAGCAGUGGCACAUGCGCUGCCUCAAGUGCUGCGAGUGCAAGCUCAACCUGGAGUCGGAGCUCACCUGUUUCAGCAAGGAUGGCAGCAUCUACUGCAAGGAAGACUACUACAGGAGGUUCUCUGUGCAGCGUUGCGCCCGCUGCCACCUGGGCAUCUCGGCCUCAGAGAUGGUGAUGCGUGCUCGGGACUUGGUUUAUCACCUCAACUGCUUCACGUGCACCACGUGUAACAAGAUGCUGACUACGGGCGACCACUUCGGCAUGAAGGACAGCCUGGUCUACUGCCGCUUGCACUUCGAGGCGCUGCUGCAGGGCGAGUACCCCGCGCAUUUCAACCACGCCGACGUGGCGGCGGCGGCCGCUGCAGCCGCUGCGGCCAAGAGCGCGGGGCUGGGCGGAGCGGGCGCCAACCCUCUGGGUCUUCCCUACUACAAUGGCGUGGGCACUGUGCAGAAGGGGCGGCCGAGGAAGCGCAAGAGCCCCGGCCCGGGCGCGGAUCUGGCGGCCUACAACGCUGGUGAGUGCGAGGCGUACCGAGCGCCCCCGUCGGGUUGGGGGAAAAUGCGCGACGUGGACUGCCGAGAGCUGGAGUGA